AUGCAGCGUCCGGUUCCGACAAUGAACGGACCCCAGGGUUAUCAACAAAAUCGUUAUCCGCCAGGUCCUCAAAUGGCCGUGCAGCCGAUCCCUCCAGGUUCCCAGAAUUCGGCGAGAAGAACAUUUAUGCCACAACCUCCAGUUAAUGGACCGACAUCAGUGCCUGGAGGGCAGUUUGGCAGCAGGCCAAGUCAGAAUCCAAGGAAAAGAAAGCGGUUUCAAGACAAAAUUGUUCUUCCUGAGGUAUGCUUUAGGCAUGUUUGUCUUUGUUGUUUUAGGAAUUCUUGGAUGGAGAGAAUCGUUCGUUUAUUUAUGAAAAAAUAUUUUAGGUAGCUCAGCUUGUUCCAGAAGUUGAGGCUUACAUGCAGUUGCUGUCGUUUGAGCAGAAAUUGGAUAAGACUUUGCGGAGGAAGAAGUAUGACAUCCAAGAAGCUUUGAAGAGACCUAUGAAGACUCAGCACAAGUUGAGGAUCUACGUUUCUCAUUCGUUUAUUCCUGGAACUGAGCCUGAGGUGAGUUUACUCAAUUUUUUAUUUGGUUUUGCUAUCUUUGACAUGGUUUGGAUGAAUUUGUAAACAACAUGAUCUUAUUUUCAGAAGGAAGGAGAUGAAGGGACAGUCCCAAUGUGGGAACUCAGGGUUGAAGGUCGUUUGAUCGACGAGCAUGGCGAUAAAAAUGCCACAACACCGAGUAGCAGUGCCCCAGGCACAAAGCAAGGAGGAAAGAGAAAGUUCAGCUCGUUCUUCAAAUCUUUGGUCAUCGAAUUGGACAAAGAUAUUUAUGGCCCUGACAAUCAUCUUGUCGAAUGGCAUAGAACUCCAACCACCAAUGAAACCGACGGAUUUCAGGUAAAUAUUGAAUUUGAUAUUUUGUUGUCUUAGGUUUUAUAAGAAGGUUAGAGGGCAAAUACAUGAUGAUUUUUUAGGUGAAACGUCCGGGAGACCGUGAUGUCAGCUGUACCAUCCUCCUGCUUCUGGAUUAUAAUCCAAUGAAAUUCAAGUUGGCUCCUAAGUUGGCCAAACUUUUGGGUGUAGCUAUGGAAAGUCGUCCCAAGAUCAUCGAACUUCUCUGGCAAUACGUCAAAGCCCAUAAACUUCAAGAUGCUGCUGAUAGAGAUGUGAUCAAUUGCGACUCGUACUUGGAACCCAUCUUUGGAGUCAAAAGAAUGCGAUUUAUGGAAAUCCCCCAACGCUUGACUCAUCUUCUCCAUCAGCCAGAUCCAUUGGUCUUAACUCAUACGAUCAGGUAUAAUAGUGGAGAGAAGAACACUUGCUGCUAUGAUAUUGAUGUAGAAAUGGAUGAUCCAGUCAAGGUUCAGAUGCAGAACUUCCUGCAGAAUCAUCAAAGCAUGCCGGAUAUUGGAGCGCUGGAUCAGAGGGUAAGGAAUUUUGAAGGGAGAUUUUUUGGGCAGUACACUUUUUAUGGUUUCCACGUGCAGUUAAAUUUGAUUUUUAUGCGUAAAAAUGACUGAUGCCAAAAAUAACGGGGUUUCUUCAGAUUUAUGAUAUUGUCGAACAAAUCAAUGAAUGGAAAACUCGCCGCGACUUCUACGCCGGAUUUGCUGACGAUCCAAAGACGUUUAUUCAAAAAUGGCUGGCUUCUCAAAGCAGAGAUCUCAAGGUUCGUUUUUUACAUCAAGAAUUACUUUUUUUUUGAAUCUGAAAAUUAUUUUUGGUUUCUUUAGACGAUCAAUGAGCAACAAAUGGACCAAGAACAAGAGCGCCGAGCCGACCAUUACUAUCAACCUCAUAUCCAAGAGGGCGUUUUCAGAUAUCUCUAUGGAAAAGUUCAACAACGCCGACAGGAACUUGAAUAUAUGCUUGGGGUGAAGUAA